CCCCCACCCACCCACCUCUCCUCCUUGUUCUGUGAGCUUUCAUGCAUUUCUUGAGUGCAAAAGCCCCAUAUCUGAGAUGGGCAAUAGUUAUAAUUCUAUUGAGGAAUACAACGUUGUUGUGUUACUCCGAUCCUCGGAUUUCCGAGGCCGCCCUGAUAUGCGGCAAGAACAGAACAUCAGUGAGCAUAAUCAUCCCAAACUUCGUUAAAGAAAUGGAAACUGUGUCGCAGUCCGUUACCGACAGAGGGUGGGGUUCAUUCGCCGUCAUCAACGCAAACAUCUCAAUCUACGCCUUGGCCCAAUGCCACCAGGACCUUCCACGUGGAGACUGUCUCCUCUGCUACGCGGCGAGCCGGACGAGGCUCCCACGUUGUCUCCCGGCAACCUCCGGCCGCCUAUUCCUCGACGGCUGUUUCCUGCGCUACGACGGCUACAAUUUUUUCAACCAGAGCACUGACCCGACAGUGGACGCUAAGAAUUGUAGCAGCCCGGGUGGGGUGGGGGGUGAUCAAGAACCGGCGGAUUUUGUGGUGAAUGCGGGGCGGUUGAUUGAUAAUGUCACCGGAAUGGCGGUGGCGGGGCGGGGUUUCGCGGCGGCGAAUGCGAACGGAGUUUAUGGGUUGGCGCAGUGCUGGAAAACGGUGAGUCGAGAAGGGUGUAGAGAGUGCUUAGUAAAGGCGAGUAGAGAAGUGAAAGGGUGUUUGCCUGGCAGCAGGGACGGUAGGGCUUUAAACGCCGGUUGCUAUCUCAGAUAUUCAACUCAUAAUUUCAUCGCCGAUCGUAACCACCAAGCCGACGGCGGAAGUUCCGCGUCCAAAACUGGUGUGAAGAUAAUAAUUGCUUUGAUUGUGACGGCUAUCUUCAUGAUAUCUACAUUUGCUGCGUAUACAUAUCGCAAAAAAUCAUUGAAAAGAAAGCAAGAAGGGAAAAAUCUUGGUGCAAUAUUGAGUAGUUACAACAAGUCUAAUCUGAAUUUCAAGUAUGAAACUCUUGAGAAAGCAACCAAGUAUUUUGAUCCUUCCAUGAAACUUGGGCAAGGAGGGGCUGGUUCUGUGUUCAAAGCCACUCUGCAACGUGGGAAAGUUGUUGCAGUAAAGAGAUUAUUCUUCAAUACAAGGCAAUGGGUGGAUGAGUUCUUUAAUGAGGUGAAUCUCAUAAAUGGUAUUGAGCACAAGAACCUUGUCAAGCUAUUGGGUUGCAGCAUUGAAGGCCCCGAAAGCCUGCUCGUAUAUGAAUUCGUACCCAACAAGAGCCUCGAUCACUACCUCUUUGAGGAGAACAAGAUCAAAAUCCUGACUUGGAAGGAGCGGUUUGAUAUCGUGGUUGGGAUAGCGGAAGGGAUAGCGUUUCUCCACGAAGGCUGUGGAUCGAGGAUAAUUCACAGGGACAUCAAGAGCAGCAAUGUUCUUCUGGAUGAAAAUUUCGCCCCGAAAAUUGCUGAUUUUGGGCUUGCUAGGGAUUUUGCAGCUGAUAAAACUCAUCUCAGUACUGGGAUUGCAGGAACAUUAGGUUAUAUGGCUCCGGAAUACCUUGUCAAAGGACAGCUCACAGAGAAGGCAGAUGUGUAUAGUUUUGGUGUUCUUGUUCUUGAGAUUGUAUCUGGUAGGAAAAACAAUGCCUUUGUAGAGGACACUGGCUCUCUACUGCAAACAGUGUGGAAGCUUUACAAAACUAGUGAGUCAACACAAGUAGUAGACCCUUUACUAGAAGGUGUUUUUCCAGCAGAAGAGGCAUCUAAAGCAAUCCAAGUUGGGCUGUUAUGCUGUCAAGCUUCUCCAGGUUCAAGACCAUCCAUGUCUCAAGUUGUGGAGAUGUUGAUACUUGAGAAUCCCCACAUCCCUCACCCUACUCAGCCUCCCUUCAUAAACCCCACUGUAUUAGCUGCUGGGAAUAUCAAGAGUUUGAUGUCCGAUAUGCUGAAUAAACUCCACACUUCUUCCUGCACCACCUCCUCCUCCUCUUCUACGUAUCAGUCGUCAACAAGAAGCCAAGAUUUUCAGCACCAAUAAGAUUUUGUUGAGUUUUCAUCUUUAAUUUCAUUUUGUUGUAAUUACCUAAGAAAACAGAAACAAUGGUCUUGCUUGGCAAUUGGCGGUUAGCCGUUAGCAGUUGUCAAAACAUCAUAAAUGACGAAUGGGAUGUUUAUGAAA